CCAUUUUGGUAGCUUCAACUUUGCAGCUGCCGCUUCUCUUCGUUGUCUGGGAAGAAAACUUUCACAUUCAGAGUUGCUGAUGCGGAUUUUCUUUCUUUCCCCUCUCGGCGUUGAUGGGCUCUUGGCUCCUGACAGAAGCGAUUUGGCUCUCGGCUUUGUAGUUCGGAAGAAGUUGGGUGUAUAGAAUUUUCCCCCAAGUCUCCAUUGAUGUGUUGAGCCUCAGAGGGAAUCAUACCUCCAGUUAAAACAUGCUGGCGUCCCAAGGAGUCCUCCUGCAGUCCUAUGGCGUGCCUAUGAUUGUUCCGGCAGCCCCGUUCUUCCCUGGGCUGAUUCAGGGUAAUCAGGAAGCAGCGGCCGCCCCUGACACGAUGGCUCAGCCUUACGCUUCGGCCCAGUUUGCUCCGCCUCAGAACGGUAUCCCCGCGGAAUACACGGCCCCUCACCCCCACCCCGCACCAGAGUACACCGGCCAGAGCACCGUCCCUGAGCACUCGUUAAACCUGUACCCUCCUGCGCAGUCGCAUUCUGAGCAGAGCCCCUCGGACACCAACGCGCAGACGGUCUCCGGCACCGCCACACAGACAGAUGAUGCAGCACCAACGGAUGGCCAGCCCCAGACACAGCCUUCUGAAAACACGGAAAACAAGUCUCAGCCCAAGAGGCUUCAUGUCUCUAAUAUCCCCUUCCGGUUCCGGGAUCCCGACCUCCGACAAAUGUUUGGUCAAUUUGGUAAAAUCUUAGAUGUUGAAAUUAUUUUUAAUGAGCGAGGCUCAAAGGGAUUUGGUUUCGUAACUUUCGAAAAUAGUGCCGAUGCGGACAGGGCGAGGGAGAAAUUACACGGCACCGUGGUAGAGGGCCGUAAAAUCGAGGUAAAUAAUGCCACAGCACGUGUAAUGACAAAUAAAAAGACCGUCAACCCCUAUACAAAUGGCUGGAAAUUGAACCCUGUUGUGGGUGCGGUAUACAGUCCUGAAUUCUAUGCAGGCACGGUGCUGUUGUGCCAGGCAAACCAGGAGGGAUCUUCCAUGUACACUGCCCCCAGUUCACUUGUAUAUACUUCCGCAAUGCCCGGCUUCCCGUAUCCAGCUGCCACCGCAGCAGCCGCCUAUCGAGGGGCGCACCUGCGAGGCCGUGGCCGCGCCGUGUACAACACCUUCCGGGCCGCGGCGCCCCCGCCCCCGAUCCCGGCUUAUGGAGGAGUAGUGUAUCAAGAGCCUGUGUAUGGCAAUAAAUUGCUGCAGGGUGGUUAUGCUGCAUACCGCUAUGCCCAGCCUACCCCUGCCACUGCUGCUGCCUACAGUGACAGAAAUCAGUUCGUCUUCGUUGCAGCAGAUGAAAUUUCUUGUAACACCUCUGCAGUUACGGACGAGUUUAUGCUGCCGACCCCUACCACCACACACUUGCUCCAGCCCCCACCUACGGCGUUGGUGCCAUGAAUGCUUUUGCACCCUUGACUGAUGCCAAGACUAGGAGCCAUGCUGAUGAUGUGGGUCUCGUUCUUUCUUCAUUGCAGGCUAGUAUAUACCGAGGGGGAUACAACCGUUUUGCUCCAUACUAAAUGACAAAACCAUAAAAACCUUCCAAUGUGGGGAGAAAGGAAGCUUUCCGAGGCCUGAGUAUUGCAAUACAUGCAGUAGUGCAUCAUUUUAGCGACUCUAAAAAAUUAAAAUAAAAAAGAGGAAAAAAUUACAUUUUUUAUCUUAUACCUCAGAUAUUUUGUUCUGUGUAUUUUAAUAUUGUGGGUCUUUAAUUUCUGAAGGUUCCGUAGUUUGGUUGCUGGCUGUAGGAGUUGGUUUUUAUUUUAUUUUAUUUUUUUUUUGUGGGUGAUCUAGAGAGAUGCUAGAUAUGAAUAAAAAUUGGUUUAGGGCCAUAUCCAGAGUGCUAUAUUAUGUAAAUGAAUUAUAUAUGCUGAAUCUGAAGCUACUGGGGUUAAGCUAUUUGGGAAGAGUGUAAGUGACUAUAGUAGUCAUUUUUUUCCACAUCUUCAUUAUUUUAUUUUGUGAAAGGGAAGGUCGGGAGGGGCUUAGGGGUUUGGGACCGGGGUUUGGCUGAAAGAAAAAAAUAAUAGUAACUGAUGAAUCUAACCGUCCCACUGCACCAACGAUCACCUAUCAAUGGUUCUAAGUUAAUCAUCGCCAGUUCAAGCCAAAGGUUAUGUUAUUAAGGGGCUGCUUUCUAGUAGCACUUGUGCAUUGGAUUUGAAUGAAGCUGCGCAAACCCACCCUUAAAACCAUUCCACCCGGCAGUAUUCAGCUUCUUAACUAGCCGCUAGUUAUUUAGGCAAAAACUACUAGUUAGGCCAUCAACAAGUAUUCUUUUUAUAUUUCUUCCAGUAUAAUAAAUUAUUGAUAUCAUUGCUGACUUUUAUAUUAUGGGAGGGAAAAUAACAUUAAUAAAAAGGUGAUAAAAAGCACUGUUUCUAUUUUUUUCUUUUUUUCCAAAAAAAAAGAAAGUAAUAAAAACUUAAAUUCUUUGUACCAGUUAAAAAAAUGUAUAAAAUUUACAUCUGUGCAGUGGAGUUGUUAAGUUCUAGAAACAGUCGACGAAGCUUUAGUUUUAGCUUAGUAGAACAACUGUUAGAGACAGACGUAUAAUUUUUAUGGAAUUACAUGAUAAUCAUAUUCGGAUUUAUAGACGCAUUUUACAAGUAUUGCAAUCACUGAGUAGAGAUAAUCAUGGUAUUUUCAUCAGCUUGGUACUUUUUGAAACAUGACUAUGUUGUGUGAGCAAACUGUAAUUUUUCAGUCUGUGAAAAGCCUGCCCUUCCUUCCACCUCCGUACCCCAGGACUAUCUUAAACCAGUAUCUUUCACCCUGUCUCCAAGGCCCAGGACACUUGUCAGAAGGAAGCAAAAAAGUAGAUUCCCCUUUGUCCACCCCCAAAGGGCAGCCCCUCCCCUUCUGUCAAAUGCAGGGCCAGAGCUACGCAGCUGAAAAAUUGCAGCUUGUCUGUAUUUCUUCUGUUUGAAUCCUUCCCAUGUUGUCCUGUUUACAAGUUAACCUAAGUUGGGGUAUCUGUCACGGGUCUUCCUGUUUUUGUAUUUAAAUUAAAAAAUAAAUAAAACCGCCGCAGCAAGCUGUCCCUGAGUAGUUUUGCUGCCAUACUUAAAUCGUCAUGUGUGCAGUGCAGGCCCUACGGCACGCACUUUAGUAAGUUAUCAACUCACCGCUGUGACCUGCCAAUCCGCUGUAACAACUCUGCUUUAAAACAAAACCAAACAAAAGUUUAAAAAAAAAAAAAAGUGUUUGUGAUCCAGCUUUUCCUUGUCAUCCUAUGUGCAUGCCGUAAGAUCAGUUGGAUAUUAAACCAUCAAUAAAGUUUCACAAGAUUUGAAAACAAAGUUUCUGUAGCUUCCAUAUCUGAGACAGACUAUAGUGAUCUUGAAAAGAGGAAGAAAGGGGGAAAAACUGCUGAGCAGCCAAAAGCGUAGAAAUUGUUCUUUUCACCAGACUUGUGGGUGGGGGAGGGAAGGGGCAGAGGGGUAUUUUAUAGCAUCACUAAGACAUUCUCAUUCCCCACGUGGAAAACAGUGUGAUCACACUGUGGGGCUGUUGAUGCUAUUCGAGGAAGCAAUUUGUUAAAAUGCUAAGGCAUCCUGCCCCGGAGGGAGGAAAGAGAGGAGGAACCGGGGCUGGGAAAAAUUGCUGAAUUCUUCCCAGUUGCCGCAGAUUUCGAAGUCCAGAAUUUGUAUUGUGUUUGGAAUCACAAACAGAACUCUUACUGUGUUGGUUAAAGUAAAAUUCAUUUGCAGUUUUGAUUUUCAUCAAUGAGCUGUACUUUCCCCCAUGGUUGUAUGUAGUUUUAAUAAAAUCAUUUAGAGAAAAUGGGUGCCAACUGAUGUUGCCGGAUCUUGUCUAGGCACUCUGCCAAGAUGCCAGUAAGUCAUUUUAAAAUGUAUGUCAGAGAUGUAAACAAACAUUUUGGAUUUUUUUAAAACAGUAUUUAUUUGGAAUGUUUUCAUUUAUCUAAAUAACUAUUGCUAUUAUGAAAUAUGGAAAAAAGAUUACUAUUAUGUGUGGCAUAUAGUGACUUCUUAACACACACAUCACGCAAUCUGCAAACCCAGAAAAUGUGUAUAUCUGUCUUUAGAAAUUAGUGUUUAUAUCACUUACAGUGGUUUGUGAAUAAAGAAAACUGGUUUGUAAUAUCAAAAAAAUAAAAGCUUAGUCUGAAAAGGUA